ACACACACACACACAGGUCUAAGAUGUGGUGCACAAUACUGUUGUUACUUUAUGCUUAUUUUGCAUUAGAAUUAACUUUUAUGGGAACUUUUAUCUUCUGACUGAAUGCUUUUUACCAGCUGAAUUAUAUCUACUGCUUUUCUUCUAUGAAAUAUAUUAAUUGGACAGUAAGGGACGCUGUAGGUCAGUAAAACACGCAGUUAGAGAGGACAGUGAGAGGCUGAGUCUUUUUUCUUCUUCACAUUGCUGGAUUAGAACACAAAUGGUGAGACUCGUGAGCAGAGCAGACAACAACUGGUUUAGAGCAACGGGUGUCAAAUAAAAAGGCAUAUUUUUUUCUUCUUUCCGCUUGGAUUUCAUACAAUAUUUUUUACCACGUUUUUUCUUGGUUUUACAAUGGUGGAAACCCCGGUUUCAUCGUGUAAAAAAUGGCGUUUGUGUUUCAGGUCAGUCCGCUGGUUUAUGCUGUUCUUGUGUUGUUUCAAAAGCAUUGUUUCCGGGCAGAUCAGAUAUUCAAUCCCAGAGGAGAUGAAAAAAGGAUCUCUCAUCGGCAAUGUUGCUCAUGAUCUCGGUUUGAACGUAGAAAGGCUGCGCUCUGGCCAUGCCCGCAUCGUGACUAGACAAAGCAUCCAGUACACGGAGCUGAAAACAGACAAAGGCGUUUUAGUCGUGAAGGAGAGGAUUGACCGAGAGCAGCUUUGUGGAGACGUAACACCUUGCAGCUUCAGCUUCGAGGUGAUUUUAGAGAAUCCGAUGGAGCUGCACCAAAUAACGGUGGAAAUAACGGACAUAAAUGACAACUUCCCGGUGUUUAGAAAGGGGGAGAUUCAAUUAGAAAUAGGCGAGUCUGCAGCGCUGGGCUCGCGGUUUUUGCUACCCACUGCCGAGGACGCAGAUGUGGGCAGCAACGGCCUGCAGACAUAUUUACUCACGGCCAGUGAUGCCUUUGGUUUGAAGCAACACUCAAACCCAGACGGUCAAAAAUAUGCAGAGUUGGUUAUACAAAACGCGUUAGAUAGAGAAAAAGAGCCGCGCAUAUCACUGAGGCUCAUCGCUGUUGACGGUGGAUCUCCGCCUAGAUCUGGAACAGUUAAUAUAGACAUUACAGUGCUUGAUGCUAAUGACAAUCCUCCAAUUUUUAACCAGUCUUUAUACAGAGCCGCUGUUUUGGAAAACGCGAUAAAAGGCACUUAUAUCACCACUGUGAACGCAAGUGAUGCGGACGCUGGGUCUAACGGAUUGAUGACCUACAGAUUUUCAAAUGUAAAAAAACACUUGACUGAUACAUUCAGUUUGAAUGAAUAUACAGGAACCAUAACUCUGACAGGAGAAGUUGACUAUGAAAAAGAUAAGAAAUAUGAAAUCAUGAUUGAAGCUGUGGAUCAAGGGGGGCUUACGGAUUCAAGUAAAGUGCUGAUUGAAAUACUAGACGUGAAUGACAACGCUCCUGUCAUAAAUGUGAUGUCAUUCUCCAGUCCGGUUCCAGAGAAUUCCCCCGUGGGUUCCACAGUAGCAAUAAUUAAUGUGAUUGAUGCGGACUCGGACCAAAAUGGGAAAAUCACCUGUUCAACAGACAGACUCCUUCCUUUUAAGAUAAAAUCGACUUUAACUAAUUAUUAUGCAUUAAUAACAGACUCGUCAUUUGAUAGGGAGGCAGUCCCUGAAUAUAAUAUAACUGUCCAGGCCACAGAUUCGGGUUCUCCAUCUUUAUCAAGCACCACAGUUUUGCAUUUGAAGAUCGCUGAUGUGAAUGAUAAUGCGCCGGUAUUUGAUCAAAUUAGUUAUGUUACACAUCUUAUAGAAAACAACUCUCCUGGGGUUUCUGUAUUUUCGGUGACAGCGGGAGAUAACGAUUGGAAUCAAAAUGCACGAAUCUCAUAUUUUCUCGAAGACACAGCUAUCAAUGGCAGUCCUGCAUCUUUGUACGUCUCCAUAAACAGUGAAAAUGGAGCAAUCCACGCACUGCGAUCUUUUGAUUAUGAGCAAGUUAAAGAACUUAACCUGGUGGUUAAAGCGCAGGAUGGAGGCUCUCCUCCUCUCAGCAGCAACGUGACUGUGAAAAUACUGAUCCAGGACCAGAACGAUAACCCCCCUCAGGUCCUGUACCCGGUCCAGACUGGAGGCUCCGUGGUGGCUGAGAUGGUGCCUCGUUCAGCAGAAGUGGGCUAUCUGGUGACUAAAGUGGUGGCUGUUGAUGUGGACUCUGGACAGAACGCCUGGCUCUCCUAUAAACUGCAGAAAGCCACAGACAGGGCGCUGUUUGAAGUGGGCUUACAGAAUGGAGAAAUCAGAACUAUCCGUCAAGUGACUGAUAAAGAUGCUGUGAAACAAAGACUGACUGUUAUAGUGGAGGACAACGGCCAGCCCUCUCGUUCAGCUACAGUCAUUGUUAACGUGGCGGUGGCGGACAGCUUCCCUGAAGUGCUGUCGGAGUUCACUGACUCUACACACGACAAGGAGUACAAUGACAACCUGACUUUUUACUUAGUCUUGGCUCUGGCUGUAGUUUCCUUCCUCUUCAUCACCUGUUUGGUGGUUAUCAUCUCAGUGAAAAUCUACAGAUGGAGACAGUCUCGCAUCCUGUAUCACUCCAGCCUCCCUGUCAUUCCAUAUUAUCCACCACGUUACUCAGACACGCUGGGGACAGGAACUCUCCAACAUGUGUACAACUACGAGGUGUGCAGGACCACUGACUCCAGAAAGAGUGACUGUAAGUUCGGCAGAGCUGCUAGUCAGAACGUGUUGGUAAUGGACCCCAGUUCUACAGGAACCAUGCAGAGGAUACAGGGUGAGAAGAACAUCCUGGAUGAGCCUGACUCUCCUUUAGAGGUUAGUUGAUUUUAGUUUUAGUUUUAUUCAAAUCUUCAAACAAAUUGUCUGCACCGUGCUAUUUUAUCUUCAGCACCAUGGACAACGCCUCUUGCAAUUUAAAAUCAAGAUCUAGUCUCUCUUUUACAAGUUAGUUACACAGUUAUACGUAAUUUUUCUUCUAUUUUGUCCUGUUUUGUACAGGCGAAGAAGAUUGUCAUCCUUAAAUGUGAAUAUGAAUAUUUUAUUCAAAACAUUAAAAACAAAUUU